AUGGCUGACUUAAAGAUUUUUGUCAUAGUAGUUAUGGUGUUGAUUGCUAAGGACGGUGCUUUUUCAUGUUCAUUGCGAAGUCAUAAACAUGGAUUAUCUCAUCCAUGUUUGCCUUCGACAUCAGAUUCUACUUCGAACUCACACCUCACACCUGUUUCGAAUACAAUAUCUUCCCCUUCUGAUACUUCGUUUAGCCCGAGUUCUAGUUCAUCGGGUGUCCAUGCAAAAGGUUCAGCCACAUCCUCUACACCAACCCUUGCUCCGGACACGUCUUCAUUGGGAUCAAUACCAUUUAUACCAACCACGCUGUCUGCACCUACUGAUAACACGGACAUCUUAAAUUCUAUAAUUCAACUUUUGUCGUCUCCAGCAUUUUCUACUUUACAUUCAGGUAAAACACAAACUUCUGAUAAAUCGAACCUGCCCUCUCCAUCUACACCAAAUGCCUCACAAUCGACUGCUUCCGUUUCAAAGCCACAUACAACAUCAUUACCAUGUGCCCCUGUCUCCGCCUCAAGUUCUUCUUCAAGUAUUUUACCUGCAAGUCCAUCAUGUGGAUCAGCCUCGUCAAUUUUGAACCCCGUUCAGAUUCCAAAGUUGCCAUAUUCAGAAUCAACACCGUCUUCCAGUACUAAUUCUGACUCCACAAAUAUUUUGACCAAGGUGUCAUCUUUAGUUGCAUCGCUUCCAUAUUUAUCUACUUCUAAACCAACGCCUUUGUCACUACCGUUUCCUUUAUUUACGCCAACGUUAAAUAAAAACGUAGUCCCAGGUAAAAAACCAUGUGCUAUAUUAUCUCACCCGGCCGUGCCCUCGUUGAGUGUAUUACCAGGUGUUCUGCUUGGCUCACCCUCGACAUCUAACCGUCCAGUUCCAGUACCAAUUUCUGAGAAAACUCCAGCACCAGUUCUAGAACACGAACCAGAAAUAGUACCGGAAGAAUUUCCAGCACCAAGUAAUGUGCCAGUUUCAAUACCAGUAACUUCAACGUCUACUCCAAAUUCAAUUCCUAGUUUUAAUCCAGCCUUUAUUAAUCUUUUACAUAAACUAUUAGUGGCCUCUCAAGCAAAAAAUGGGUCGUCUCUAAUACCAACUAAAACACAUGUCAAACCUACAAUUAACGCAACAUCAAUAUCGGAUCCAGAUAUAAAGUCCCAUAUCAUAUCACCUGCUUGUGAAACAUCGUCUAAGUCGUUAAGUUCUUGUCCAUCGAGUACAUUACAUAAUCAGUCAAAUGGUUCGAUUUAUCGUCUUCAACAUAUACUUAAGUCUAUGACAUCUCCACCUGUUUCAGGCAUAUCUUUUGGUUAUAAUCCAGAAUUUAUGAAACUUUUGAUUAAAAAUUUGUUAUCUAAUCAAACCUCUUCAUUACCUCCAUUGUCGUCAUUAUAUUCACUUCUUCAGACAAAAUUAAAUACCACUACAUAUGUUCCUCUCAUUCCGAAUCCAAUAACAACGUCUUCUACUAGUAGACCACUAUCUGAGUUAAAUCCCAAUAUAUUCAAUAUAUCGUCAAAUAAUACAUUUGAUUCAGCUCCUACCGGUUCCGACACCAAUCAAAAUACAUCCAUUAGUAAUGAUCAGUAUCAGUAUCUCACCAAUAUUUUAAUCAACCAUUUGACCUCUUCCAAUGCUUCAAAAACUUCUCUAUUUCCAUGUUUACCAUCAACAAACUCACAUUCCAUUUCUACAUUAAAUAGUACUCCAGUAUCAUCUGUUCCUUGUAUACCACCCUUCAGCUCAUUGCCAGAUAUUUUAAGCAAAUUGUCUAGUCUAACCCCCGGUUCAAAUCCAUCUUUUCCCGGUCUAAUCCCAAGUCCCAUUAUUACAUCGUUGCCAAAUGUAAAACCAUUUUCGGAGCAAGUACAAAAUUCAACUCCUAUACCAAUUCUAACACCUACCUCGUAUCCUUUAUCACCGACAUCGGAUAUUAACCCAUGCCGCUCGAAACAUAAAGGACCACUACAAUUGUCUAGUACGACAUCAACUGCUAUUGACCCAUACUUUCAGAAUGUUAUACGACCGCAUACACCACAUUUGCCAUUACCAUGCUCACUAUCUCAUACUAAAUUAAGUUCUGGUUGUAAACAUGUAUUACCUGCUGUAUAA